CACCAAGGCUGGCGGAACGUGGGUCACCGUGUACGGGUUCCUGCCCGAGGAGCUGCCAGGGGUGAUGCGUGAGAUGGAGGGGUGCGGCCGAGUGGUGGAGCACGUGCCAUGCCCGGGCCCUGUUCACCGUGCUUCUGCUGCGUCUGGUGCCAACCCUUCUGGGGUUGCUCCUGCAGCUGCGCCUGCUGUCUCUGCCUGGCAGGGAAGCAGUGGUGUGUUUUCUGCCACACCUGCUCCCGCAAGGGGCCGCUAUCAGCCAAGUAUGGAUGGGCAUGCUGUACAAGGGUUCAACUGUCUCAACUUCCGCUGCACUACUCCAAGUCUCAAGUCUUUACAGCUGGGACUUAGUCUCUGCAAAAGAUCCUAAAGGGUUUUUCUCAGCCCAACAUGUACAAGGGUUCAACUGUCUCAACUUCCGCUGCACUACUCCAAGUCUCAAGUCUUUACAGCUGGGACUUAGUCUCUGCAAAAGAUCCUAAAGGGUUUUUCUCAGCCCAAC